GGCCGUCAACCCCGGUUAUCCUCGGGAGAAGGUGGAUGGCCUCGGCGGCGCAACGCAUUCACAGCACAGGCGUCAUCGACUUGAAUUCAAUUACUCUACUGAUUGACCCAUUCGGCAUUUCCGAGGUGCAACAUAGAAAUCUUCAUCGCGACCUUUUUCAAACCCCACCAACGAACGAGCCCUAUCUGCUUCACUCUCAGCAAAAGCAAAGGGUUACCCCGCCGACACCAGAAUGCUCUCGGCAGCACGAAGAGCCGUGCUCGGCCAGGCUUCGACCAGGCCGGCGUCCGCAGUCUUCGCAAUGAGCCCUUCCGCUUUUCGGAGGCUGCUCUCAUCACUUGCAGUUCUCGAGCAGCGAGAUGGCAAGCUUAAUGCCGGAUCUCUGAGUGCAGUCACAGCCGCGCAGAAGCUUGGAGGUUCUGUACACGCAAUUGUUGCUGGGUCCAGCGUGAAGGGUGUCGCAGAAGCGGCUGCCAAGGUCGGAGGCGUAGAGAAGGUGCUGGUGGUCGAGAACAGCGCAUACGAGAAGGGUCUCCCAGAGAACUAUGCACCACUCCUAGUUGAAAACAUCAAGAAGGGCGGCUACACCCAUGUCAUUGCCGGCCACACAGCCUUUGGCAAGAAACUGAUGCCUCGGGUAGCCGCUUUGCUUGACUCGCAGCAAAUAUCCGACAUCACGGCCGUCGAGAGCGAGGAUACCUUUGUCCGCCCAAUCUAUGCCGGAAACGCCAUCGCUACGGUCCAGUCAAGCGAUCCGAUCAAGAUCAUCACCAUCCGAGGCACGGCCUUCCAGGCUGCGCCGGCUGAGGGAGGAUCGGCAGCUAUCGAGGACGGUGCCGACCCCAAGGCCGAGUGUGAGUCCGAGUGGGUUUCGGAGGACCUCGCCAAGUCGGACAGGCCGGACCUCGCGACUGCCGGCCGUGUCGUUUCCGGUGGCAGGGGCCUGAAGUCCAAGGAUGAAUUUGACAAGGUUAUGCUGCCGCUUGCAGACGCCCUGGGCGCUGCUGUUGGUGCGUCGCGCGCAGCCGUAGACAGCGGUUAUGCCGACAACAGCCUGCAGGUCGGGCAGACGGGCAAGGUGGUUGCGCCGCAGCUGUACAUGGCUGUUGGUAUUUCGGGCGCAAUACAGCACCUUGCUGGGAUGAAGGACAGCAAGGUCAUUGCCGCCAUUAACAAGGAUGCUGAUGCGCCAAUUUUCCAGGUCGCGGAUGUCGGUCUGGUUGGGGACUUGUUCGAAAAGGUACCAGAGCUAACCGAGAAGCUCGGCAAGUCAUGAGUAGAUUUGGUGUUUUUUACAGACGCAAGAUUUAUAUGAUAUAAACAUAAAAAACAGAGUAGAGUACGGACCAAACCGCUAUAGAGCUUUGUACAAUUAUCAUCCUGUUACCACCUCCCACGAGUUUGGUUUGAUCAUGAA